UGUGGGUUACGGUUCAGGCAGAACCCGCAAGGGGGUAUGCGAAUCAUCGGAGGGCAUGUUGUGCAGCAUGGGGCUUGGCCUUGGAUGGUCAGCCUCCAGGUCUACCUGCCCCACAACAGCCGCAGGUACCAUUCGUGUGGAGGAAGCCUGCUGAAUUCCCGCUGGGUGCUUACAGCUGCUCACUGCUUCGACAACAAGAAAAGAGUCUUUGACUGGAGACUGAUUUUUGGAGCACAGGAAAUUGAAUAUGGGACAAACAUGCCAGUGAAUGACCCUCUGCAGGAGAGAUUUGUGGAGAGAAUCAUCAUCCACGAAAAAUACAACAUUGUGACCGAGGGGAACGACAUUGCUCUCUUGAAGGUCACCCCUCCUGUUUCAUGUGGGCCUUUCAUUGGGGUAGGCUGCCUGCCCAAUUUUAAGGCAGGCCCUCCCAAAGUUCCCCAGACCUGCUAUGUGGCUGGCUGGGGAUACAUAAAGGAGAACGCCCCCAGGCCAUCGCCUGUACUGAUGGAGGCACGUGUGGACCUCAUUGACCUCGACCUGUGUAACUCGACCCAGUGGUACAAUGGGCGUGUCACGUCAACCAACGUGUGCGCAGGGUAUCCCGAAGGCAAGAUCGACACCUGCCAGGGGGACAGCGGCGGGCCUCUCAUGUGCAGAGACAACGACCAGAGCCCCUUUGUUAUCGUGGGGAUCACGAGCUGGGGGGUAGGCUGUGCCCGUGCUAAGCGCCCUGGAAUCUACACGGCUACCUGGGACUAUCUGGACUGGAUUGCUUCCAAGAUCGGUCCUAACGCCUUGCACAUGAUUCAGCCGGCCACCCCUCCUCCUCCUACUCGACCUCGGCCUCCACCCCGACCCAUCAUCCGCCCUUCCUCUGCUCACCGUCCUUGGUAUAUCCACCAGCCUCGCCCAUCCCGGCCCAUUACACCCCGUCCGCAAGCCCCGGCUCCAAUCCCGGCCCCGGCCCCGGCCCCGGCCCCCGCCCCGGCCCCGGCCCCGGCCCCCACCCCUCCCCCCGCCCCCGCCCCGGCCCCGGCCCCGGCCCCGGCCCCGGCCCCGGCCCCGGUCCCGGUCCAGGUCCUCACCCCAGCGCCGGUCCCACUGCCAUCUCCAACGGUACUUUCGUCUCCAUCGCCGCCUCCCACCAAAAAUCCCCAAACACUCUCUUUUGCGGAGCGACUUCAGCAGCUCAUAGAGACCCUGAAGCGGAAGGAUUAUUCUAGCUCAAAGAUCUCUUUUGACACGGAGACCAUAGAGCUCCGAGGAUCCACAUCCUAA